CCCUCCACCUCUGCCCAUCAAACAUCAAGCUUUCUCCAAUAGAAGAAAUCUAUCAACCUCGAUCUCGUUCGCUGUCGAUCUGCUUCUAAUGUCAAGAACUGAAUCGUAGAAAGAAAGAAAUUUGAAGAAAGAUUCGAGUCGUGGGAGAAGAAGAAAGUUGUGAAAAUGGCUGGGAGUGGUUGUGAUCCGGAGCUGCGUCUCAGCCUUGGCAGCAGCAGCAGCCAAGAUUGUUCUGCUGCUGAAUCCAGCAGGAUUGAUGGAUGGUCCGCGAACUCAGAACAAAAGCAGCAGCAGCAGAAGAUUACCAUCUUUUACAAUGGUCAGAUUUGUGUUUGCGAUGUCACAGAGUUUCAGGCAAAAGCCAUCAUAUGUAUGGCCCAAAAAGAGAUGAAUGAUAAGAUGAACAAGAACCAUCACAACCAACAGCAACAGCAAUUUCAACAAAAGCACAACAAGAAGUCGAAUCCACCUCAACCUCCAGCAUCUUCUUCUGAGGCCAUGCCGCAGCUUCUUAACCAGGGGCUAUCAAUGAAACGAUCUUUGCAACGGUUCCUUCAGAAAAGGAAGACAAGAAUAAAUGCUGCCUCUCCUUAUAACAAUAGACAUGAGUUAUUAUUUUCUUCAACAUCAUAGGUUGCAUACCUUAGUCCUUUUUUUUCUUCUUUUUAUCUCUCUCCUCUAAGGGAAAGCAAAAAGUGAUUGACUUUGGUUUGAUGUACGUAAAUAUUCUUGAGUGAGAAAUAAUAUAUUUCUUUAUUGUAACAUUUUGUGAAGACUAUUUUGAUCAUUUUCAAUAUAUUAUGGUUGAAUUAUCA